GUGAUCUAUUCAACGUAACGAGUGAUCGUGUAGAAAACGGGAGAGCCAUUUUCGUUUGUCGGUUCGAAGAAUAAGGAUGCUCGCAUUUAUCUGCCCCGUGUGAUCAUUAUCAAUUGGUGUCCGGUUAGCAGUGAGUUGUGUACAAAUCGUGAUUUUUUUUUACUGAAGAGACAUAGACUGUGCCAUUCAUAUCGAUGGCAUCCGUUUGUUGGUUGCUCUUGGCGGCGAUGCUCGGCAAUGGCUGCGGGUACACAAUUGUACAGCGAUCAGAGCACCUUGAUCAGCUCCAACAAAACUACCUCCGGUUCCAAAACCGACAAAAUCUAGUCCAACCGGCGUUGGAUUCAUGGGACCAACCACCAGCACCGCUCCUCUCCAAAGAAAACUCCCAACGUUUGCUCGAACUGUACUACCUCAUACAAGCUGUCGAAACCUACCGUCGGCCCCAUGUCGCCCACCAGAAUCAUCUGGACAAAUUCAUCCAGGAGCUGCAGGAUGACGUCUUCCAAACACAACUGCGAAUGCUCCUGCGCGACGUCGAUGGCUUCGAAGAGGUAUCCACGCUGGGCAUAUAUAACGACGGUCAAUCGAUGCUGGAGCUGCUGCAAAAGGAAUACUACGUGAACGACUACCGCCUGUUGAUUCCGGUGAUCCAGCGCGUACUGAAUGCGAUCGAUUUGGGCGAGAUUGGAAGUGGGCUCGAAAUCCGUGACAAGCUGUCUGUGCUUAAAUAUGACAUAAGAGAAUUGUCGGUCGAUUUGGUUGAGAAGGAAGAGGAACUCUAUCGAAAUUUGGUGGGACCAAAGGUGGCCGGGCGGGAUAGUUGGACGCUCGAGGAUUUGCUUGCGGGUAUCUUCCAGAAGCAAGAGGGAGACACAAUAGCCGACUUCAAUGACAAAUACGACAUUGUGGACGAGGAUGAGAAACCACUUGACUCGGGUAGAGUCGAAGAAUUCUGGGUGAUUCUUGAAGAUCCUGAACAGGAUGAGUUCAAAACGGAGACGGAUGAUGGUGCCAGUGUUGUUCAGGAGACCUCGCAGGCGUCAAAUGAAAAGCAGGAGUCGAUUGAAGGCUCAAUCACAUCUGGCAGUAACAAAAAUGACUCCUCUCUCGAACCGACAUUGGUGCCAGUUUCAUCACAAUUGCCUGAAAUAUUCCCAUCGCUCGAAGGGAACGAAUCUCAAGAUAUUGAGGAACCAGAAUUAGAUUAUUUCCAGAAACACUAUGGAGUCUCAACAACAACGCUACAAGAAGCCAGCCCUAAACCAGCAACCCAGGAUCGUUCCGAUAGUAUCUUGAUAGAGAAUGAUGUUGACGAAGAACCGGCGACGCUGGAUUAUGUGAUAACAGAGAAUGUCAUGCCCGAAGUGUUUCCAGCGUCUGCUGAAACUAUUGUGGAGUCAGUAGUGAAUAUUUCAACAAAGUUCAAUGAAUCUGUUGAUCCAAUGCCGACGGAUUAUGAUACAGAUGAGGAAUCUACGGAACAAAUCCUGGAUUCAAAUCUGCCCAAAGAAGCGUUGCUGUCGUUACAAGAAUCAGACGCCACCGACAGCGGGGACUCUGUGGUUGACUACAAUGACCCACACUUUGUUUUUGAAUCGGAAAAGCUUCCCCAACCGAUCGACGUUAGCAAUCCCGCUGAUCUUGUCGAACCUCAACAACAUCUAGCGGAGGGAGAUCAGGUGAAACGACCAGAGUCGCUUCCCGCUUUGCAAACCGUACCACUUUGGCUGCUGGAAAACAGUUCAGUGGUGGACGAGGAAGCUGCGCUCCGAGAACUGGAAGAAAAUGAAACAUUCACUGAGACACAAGCCAGCGCAGUUCCUUCCGAGCCGGAAUCCAGACAGGAAGAACCUUCAUCGAUUAUAUUAGAAGUAGACCCCAAUGUGUUGCGCUACAUGAAGACUGAGUUGAUGAAGAUAUUGAACCAGCUGGUGGAAACACAAGGCUUCCAAGAACUGAGGCAAAACAUCACCGAUGAGGACAUAGGCCAGCUAGUUGAUCAGAUGGACCAGGAUGAGAUGAUGAAACUGGUCGGUGGAGACGAUAUUAACCGCGCGGAAUUGAUAAACAUCCUGCAGAACCUGGUUGUGGACAAGGAACUGAAGGACACUGAUAAGAUUGUAACUGCAUUGGAGCUGAUGAAAAAUGGUGAGGGCGCAGGUGAUGGUUACUUUGAAACCAAUUAUGGUGUUGGAAAGGGUCAUGAAGAAGAUGAUAAGGGAAGAUCUUUGGAUGAGUAUGAUAUGGAAGAAGCCUCUUUAGACGUUGAGAACGAGACGAAUGAAGUCGUUGAGGAAGAGAACAGUGAGGAUGAAGGUGAACCAGAAGAAGACGUUGAUUUGGAAACAAUCGAUCAGGAUACAACAGUGAUAACCGAAAACCUUUAUGACGAACUUGAGGAAGACAACCAGAAUAAUGACGAGUUGAAUACCACGGAACAGUUGCCAGAGCAAGAAUUGCCCGAAUGGGUUGACGCGGAUGAUUUCGCUGACAUAAAUUCGAAGAUACUCCAAGAUAGUGAAGUUUUUGGUACAGUGAAAAAAAAGAAUGACACAGAAUCUUCGGGCGAUUUUGAACCCAAAGUUGUACAUGUGUUUCCCUAUGAGCUUUAUAAUGCAACGGUCAUUUCACAUAAAAAGCCGCUAAAUUCUGUGGGUCAAUUCAAUAAUUCACCGUCAAAAAUUUUCCCUUCAAACAUCGGUAAAAUGGGAAAUAAUUCUGAAAAUCGCACUCUCAGUAACGACAUCUCAAAAACAACACCGGAAGACAGCGACCAACCGAAGCGUCAAUUCAUCCAGCCCUUUCCUGCCACAAUCCCCACUGAAACGAAACCUGUGGAAGUGGAUCGAGUUGGGGAUCAGGAAAAUGUUUUAAGCGAGCGAUCCAAAUCUAUACUGGCUGAUUAGCAAUCAUUUUUCCAAUGUUGUGAUCAUCUUUAACAAUAAUAACAGAGACGAAUUAUUUUGUUUUAUAUUAUAAACGACGAUCAAUAAAAACGGAACAAUUCCACAUUAA